CAGCGUGAGGACGCAGCAGGACGCAGCUACGGGUAACAAACACUCACACAGUGUCCACAUAGAAGAGGAGGAGAAAGAGUUUACAGGAGAUUGCAGUCAGUCCCAUCCCAAUCCCAUUAAAGACUCAGUGGCCAGACAAAAUUCAACCAAGAGGCACAUGUUCGCACACUCACUGUCUCCGCGGCGGGACGAUAUGGACGUGCGCCUGGGACCAGCCUGUAUUUUCCUCAGAGGAAAACAUGUUGCACGCCAACUCGUAGCUGAUGAGAUAGAAGAGUUGAGGGAUGCCUUUAGGGAGUUUGAUAAAGAUAAGGACGGACUCAUCAGCUGUAAAGACCUGGGCAAUCUAAUGAGGACAAUGGGAUACAUGCCCACCGAGAUGGAACUGAUCGAACUCGGCCAGAACAUCAACAUGAAUCUUGGAGGGCAAGUUGACUUUGAGGAUUUUGUGGACCUGAUGGCUCCUAAGCUGUUAGCAGAGACAGCUGGAAUGAUCGGCCUGAAGGAGCUGAAGGAAGCGUUUAAAGAGUUUGAUAUGGAUGGUGACGGUAAUAUUACUAUAGAUGAACUGAGGCAUGCCAUGCAGAAGCUGCUUGGUGAAUCCACUAACAGGAAAGAGAUUGAGGCCGUGGUGAAAGAGGCAGAUAACAAUGGAGACGGAACAGUCGACUUUGAAGAAUUUGUCAAAAUGAUGUCACGGGAUUGAAAAUGAAGAAAAUGCUUUGAAGAGAAUGAUAUCAACUGGAAAAAAGGACAAAGACAAAGAUAAACAACUCAAACUCAAACACGAACUCAAAACAGCUGCACUUUUUAUGCUUUUUCUUUAUUACUGUCUGUACAAUUGCAUCCAAACUCGCAGAACUUCCGUCAUAUAUUAUAAAAGCACCCUUUUAUAAUUUUAUACCAACGGUCUGUAAACAACUCACUAUACAGAGUGCCACUCUGUGUGUUUACUGCAGAUCCUGUGUAAGCUCCACUUUAUCCAUCGCUGUACAUCUCGAUGAUGUCAAAGCCUCUGUCUUAUGUAACAUUAUUAGUGCACUCUGUUAGUAUGUAUGUAUGUUCUGUAUGUAUCUUGUACAGAAGCAUAUUUGGGUUUAUAUUGAAAUGUAAACUUGAAAAGGGUAAAGUGUUUCUGGAAAUGAUAAAGUU